GGUAUAUCCAUAAAGUAAUACUCUAUGGGUAAAUCCAAAAUAAUCUUAUUGUGUCAAAAUGUGUUAUCUAUAGAAAUCUCAUAAUAAUUACAUUUUUCAUUGAUAAUCUUAAAUAAAGUGGUGAAUUAAAUGGUCUUUAAAUUUUGAAACGUUUUAAAGUAAACUGAAAUCGAUAGUAGAAUGCAAAGAGCUAAAUUAAAAGUUAUAAAUAUUGGGACAUCGCUAAAAUUGAUGUAUGUAUCCAAGUUAUUUAGAUUCUGUCAUUCUAAAGUUAGUUGGCAUGAUCGAGUAUUUUCAGGGAUUCAACCAACUGGCACAUUGCAUUUAGGUAACUAUUUUGGAGCUGUUUCUAAGUGGGUUCAAUUACAAAAUGAAAACAAAGAAGUUUUACUUAGUAUUGUUGAUUUACACUCGAUCACAUUGCCUUAUGACACAAAUAAGUUACAAAAUAAUAUUCUUCUUAUGACUGCUAGUUUAUUAGCAAGUGGUAUAAAUCCUAAUAAAAGUGUAUUAUUUUUGCAAUCUCAAAUCUCUGAACAUACACUGUUAAGUUGGGUUUUAGGAUGUUUAACUACUAUGCCAAGAUUGGGUCAGCUACCUCAAUUUAAAGAGAAAUCUUCUAUGUUAAAAGAUGUACCACUUGGUUUAUAUUUGUAUCCUGUUUUACAAGCUGCAGAUAUUUUACUAUACAAAGCUACUAAAGUUCCUGUUGGCGAAGAUCAAGUCCAACAUUUACAAUUAGCUCAUGCUUUAGCUCGUUCCUUUAAUACACGAUAUGGAGUAACUUUUCCCAUCCCCGAAAUUCUUGUUCAAAAAGACAGUUCUUCAAGAAUAAGAAAUCUCCGUGAUCCAACUAAAAAGAUGUCGAAAUCUCAUCCUGAUCAAAGAGGUCGUAUAGAAAUCACUGAUUCUUCUGAUGUAAUUGCAGAAAAAAUAAAAAAAGCUGUUACUGAUUGUAUAUCAGAGGUUACAUAUGAUCCAGAAAAUAGACCUGGAGUUUCUGCUCUUGUAGCUAUGCAUUCUUUUGUAACUGGAUCAUUACCUGAAAAAAUUUGUGAAGAAAAUUCGUUUUUGGACACUGGCCGCUAUAAACAAGUAGUGUCUGAAAUAUUAAUAGAAAAAUUUUCUCCUAUACGUCAAGAAAUUUUCAAACUGAUGGCAUCACCAGAUUAUUUAUUUAAAACUCUUGAAGAAGGAAGAUAUAAAGCAAGUUCUAUUGCUGAAAAAACUUGGAGUGAAGUAGCAAGUAAAAUUGGCUCAUUUCCUUCAAAUACUAUUAAAUGUAGUUCAUCCAAUUCAAAAAUUAUUAAUAGUUAAUAAAAACAAAUUCUUUGUUAAUGUUCAAUUUAGAAUUAUAUGUGCAGUUUCUUUUUAA